GAAUGUCCUUCUCAGUUAUACAACUACCGUUCUGUAUUUUAACUGCAUUUACAAGACCUGUCUUGUUACCUUCUUGGGAGUUCACACUCCCAAGGUUAUUUGACACUCCCCAGGCUAUAAAUUAUGGGCAUUUGCCUACUGAAGUGUGAUUUAUUAUUUUUAUAAAAAUGCCCAGCCCUUACAUCCUGUGUUUAGCUGGAAAGUAGCUUCUUUGUGCACCAAGACUUUAAAUUGUGAGCAGCCAUUUACUUACUGCUUUUACUUCUUUGGAUCGUGUUGUUCAAGGAUCUCGGUUCACUCCUCUCACCAUGAAGAGUUUUGUUCUCAUUUUCCUCGUUGUGAUCUGUGGCAUGGGAGGACUGGGACAGAAGCUGAAGCCAAAGAAAAGAAGCAAUGGUGAAGAAAUCAAAUUUCGGACUAAAACCAAAGAUGUUUGCACAAUAACCACGAGUGGUGAUGACGAGGAGAUGAAACUUAGAAUUGAAUGCAGAAGCCAAGGCAUGUCCUACUGGUGUGAAUUCACUGGCAAGCCAUCAGUCUGUCGUGCUUUCAGAAAUAAUCCAAAGAUUUACUGGAAUCAGAUCGCUGCAGAACUCAGAAAGGUCCCGCACGCUUGCGAAUCCAUGGAAGUGUUGAAGAUCACCAUGUGCCAAAAGGCUCCCCCAGAGGCUCUCAUGAGGCAAAUAGCUGCUGGUAUGGAGCCAGAAGAUCCAGCAAACCAGGAAAAAUCAGUGCAGAAAGCUUCCAUUCCUAUGAGAGAAGCAUGGCAAAACUCUGACCUAGCCCAACAUGGUCAAGGGUCUGAAAAUGAAACAGAAGCAAUGAAACUGGCACGGGAACACUGCUGGGAAUCUCUGCAUGGUGUCUGCUCCUACAUCAUUGGCAUCCUUAGGGGUUAAGGAUUUGCUUCAGAGCAGUGAUAUUACAGCUGAAGAAGGGUCCUUGCUGCAUUGUAAUAAUUUAGACAUAAGAAUUUUGGCCAAAAAUCAGUAAUUUCUAUAAAUCUUUUAUCUGUUUUCUUUUUAAAGAAAAAAUGAAACUUUUAAACAGCUCUGAAAAAUUCACAAAGCUGGAGUGACUGUGCUUAAAGUGUUAGGAUGAACUAACUGCCCUUAGGCUUGUUACACACCUGGGUGUACUGCAUUUAUGUAACCUAGGAUCUUCUUGACCUUUAAUAGGUUUUUGUGGGUAUUGACUUGCUUCAGUUUGUUAGAGAUGAAAGCUGUUAAUGAUGA